GGCGCCCCACCGCCCCUGUCAAGUAUAAACCACCUUCACCUCUCUCUCUCUCUCUCUCUCUCAUCAAUGGCUUCCCUUCUUGAAAUCCUUCUUUUCAUCUCUCUCGUUUUGGUCUUCAUUGCCCAAAAUUCCCACUCUGCAGGCUCCGCCGUCGUUCUUUCCGUCACCAAACACGCUCCUUCUCUCCAGUAUGUGACCCGGAUCCACCACGGCACCCCUCUCGCUUCUACCCCCAUGGUGCUCCACCUCGGCGGUCCGUUCCUCUGGCUCGACUGUGCCUCCGCCGGCGCUUCCCCUUCCCGCCGCCCCGUCCCCUGCCGCUCCCUCCACUGCUCCACCGCUGAAGCACACCAGUGCGGCACUGUUCUUAAUCGAUAUGGCUUCAAACUCUCGACGACAUGCCGACUCAACCCGGAAAACCCCCUAACUCGGACGGCCCGACCGGGCGAGCUGGCCCGAGACGCCAUAGCCGUCCGAUCCGUUGAUCCGUCUGGCACUGACUCGAUCCUGGCCGUCCAAUAUGAUGACUUCCUCUUUUCCUGCGCACCCACGUUUCUUCUGAAAGGCCUCGCGAGUGGAGCUAAAGGAAUGUUAGGCCUCGGAAGGACUCGAAUCGCUCUGCCGUCGCAGCUUAGCGCCGCUUUGGGCUUACGCCGGAAAUUUGCCGUCUGCUUGUCGCCGUCGGAGGGGGUCAUACUCGCCGGCCAGGCACCCGAUCAUCGUUCCCUAUGGAAUUCGCUAGUGUACACGCCUCUUAUCGCUACCCAAUCGGAAGAAUACUCCGUCACUGUCAAAUCCAUCGCCGUAAACGGCAAGAAAUUAUCGAUUAAUUCCACGUUACUGUCGUCCCCCAAAGGAGGGAUUAGGAUCAGCACGGUGGUUCCGUACACGCUCAUGGAGAGCUCGAUCUACGAGGUGUUCGUCGCGGCUUUCGCAAAUGAUGCUGUUUCGGCUAUGAACCUGACGAGGGUGGCGGCGGUGGCGCCUUUCGGGGUGUGUUUUAGUUCGGAAGGCGUCGGGAGGACGGCGGCGGGUCCGGCAGUUGCGGUGAUUGAUCUGUUGUUGCAGAGCGAGAUGGUGAGGUGGAGGAUUUACGGGAGGAAUUCGAUGGUGGAGGUGGGUGGGGGAGCGAUGUGCUUGGGGUUCUUGGAUGGCGGUUCGGAUCUCGGGUCCGCUGUGAUUCUUGGUGGGCACCAAUUGGAAGAAAAUCUUCUGGACUUCGAUUUGGAAAAUUCUAUGCUAGGGUUUAGUUCUAUGUUGGCGAGGGAAACCUCAUGCUCUAAGUUGAGACACAAAAUCAUGGACGAGUCCCUGUAAAUAUGGAGUCAUUCUCCUUCCUUUGUUUUUGACCUUGUGGAUUUUGCCGUGUAUAACACUUGUGAAUUGGGAUACGAGUCCUAUGACCUGAUGUUUAGUAGCUCCUUGCAAAUUUGUUUUGAGAAUUGGGCAUGGGCAUGCAUCAUGUUGUAAAAUAUUUUUUUUCCCCAUUAAAUGCUUAUUGAAAUUGCAGA